AUGAGGUUCUUCAAGGCGAAGUCCGGCCUGUCGUCAUCCGUCAUGUUUUUGCUUGCAUCAGUGCCAGUUGCCAUUGCUGAUUGUGCGCUCCCGUCGAGUUAUAGUUGGACCUCAACUGGCGCUCUCGCGAACCCUAAGUCUGGAUGGACGGCAAUCAAGGACUUUACAAACGUGGUCUUCAACAACAAGCAUAUCGUCUAUGCAUCAACUUCCGACGGAAGUGGAAAGUACGGUUCGAUGAGUUUCGGCGCCUUUUCGGAUUGGUCUGGUAUGUCAUCUGCCAGCCAAAAUGGAAUGAGCUUUACAGCCGUUGCGCCCACUUUGUUCUACUUCCAACCGAAGAAUAUCUGGGUCCUAGCCUAUCAAUGGGGCUCGAGCACCUUUACCUAUCGAACAUCAAGUGAUCCUACUAGUGGUAGAUGGUCAUCGGAGCAAGCCCUUUUCUCUGGAAAGAUCACCGGCUCAAGUACUGGCGCUAUUGAUCAGACCCUUAUCGGUGACUCUACACAUAUGUACCUUUUCUUUGCGGGAGACAAUGGCAAGAUCUAUCGCUCCAGUAUGCCUAUCGGCAAUUUCCCAGGAAAUUUCGGAACAAGUUCAGAGGUGGUGCUAAGUGACACUCAGAACAACCUAUUUGAGGCAGUUCAAGUGUACACCGUUAAAGGCCAAAAUAAGUACCUCAUGAUCGUCGAGGCAAUUGGAUCACAAGGGCGGUAUUUCCGCUCAUUCACCGCUAGUAGUCUCGGCGGCUCGUGGACACCGCAGGCAACAAGCGAGAGCAAGCCGUUCGCCGGAAAGGCUAACAGUGGUGCAAGCUGGACCAACGACAUCAGUCAUGGCGAUUUAGUUCGCACCAACCCUGACCAAACAAUGACCAUCGAUCCAUGCAAUCUGCAAUUCCUCUAUCAGGGGCGAAACCCGAACGCCGGUGGCCAGUACAAUACCCUACCGUGGAGGCCGGGGAUGCUCACUCUGAAGAAAUAA